UGGCUUUGGGCAACAGUUUGACGCCGAGCCAUCGCACUGCCGGGGUUCAAAAACGGGCAUAAACAACAGCAAGACCGACGGCGGAGACUGCCGAACGGGGGCGAAAGAGCAGCGGGAGGGAGAGUGGCAGAAACACGGAGGCUCCCUGUCUCCUGUGCAUACGGCGGCGGGGGGGGGAGAGGUGUUUAUGAGGGGAAUAUAAGCCGUGGAAGCGGACGGACUGUGUGGAGAGACGCGAUUUCAAAAGACAACACCCCCCCCCCGCCCCGCUCCCUCCUCGGACUGGGCAGAGAAGAAGCACCGAGCGGAGAGUGGUUUGCGAGACACCGCUGCCUGGUGUGGGCUUGCGAGGUUCCCGGGGUGAAAACCGCCAGGGACUGGGCAGCAGCUCGGACAUUAGCGGGCUCUGCGGCCGCCAGCCCGGGGCUCGCCUGCGGCGCUUCCCAGCCGGGAGCCCGCGAACUCGGGCCGCCGACUCCUUGUUGCACUUCGGCGUGACCUCCACUCCUGCAAGCUUGGUUUGCUUCUACCUGAGAUCCUUGAUUAAGGCAGUCGGAUGCACGGAGCUGGAUAUUUGCCGGAUUGAAUGAGGUGAGCUGUGAAGCUCAGAUCAGCCCGUAUCGCCUGACAGUGCCGGCUUUACUCUGAUCUUGAUACUGUUGUUGCCUUAACUGCGGACAAGUAACCCCCUCCCUUUAAAAACCAACCUUCAUUUAUCGAUCGAAGUGGAUCGAUCACAAAAAAGCGUACUUGGCAUCACCCAAGAAGAACUGGAGACUGGGCUCUCCCUUGACAUCCCUGGGAUUUAAAUUGGUUGGAUAUCGUGCUGUGGUUUUGGUUCAGUUUGGAUUUCUUGGAAGUUUCCCUGAAAGACCGCGGAGACACGACCUGCUCCUUCUCCUCUGCAGGGAUAUCUACCCCUCGCUUGUGGAUAAAGUCGGGCAUUGCGCGCUCGCCCGUGUUUGUGUGUGUGUGGGGCUCGGCUCGGCUCGGUCCGGUCCGGCGGGUCGCGAUGGCUCAGCAGCAGAUGCCCAGCUCCCAGAAGGCGCUCAUGCUGGAGCUGAAGUCUCUCCAGGAGGAGCCUGUGGAAGGGUUCCGCAUCACCCUGGUGGAAGAGUCCGACCUGUACAACUGGGAGGUCGCGAUCUUUGGCCCCCCCAACACGCUGUACGAGGGGGGCUACUUCAAGGCUCACAUCAAGUUUCCGAUAGAUUACCCCUACUCACCUCCCACCUUCAGGUUCCUCACCAAGAUGUGGCACCCAAACAUCUACGAGAAUGGCGAUGUGUGCAUCUCCAUCCUGCACCCCCCCGUGGAUGACCCCCAGAGCGGAGAGCUGCCCUCCGAGAGGUGGAACCCCACGCAGAACGUCAGGACCAUCCUGCUGAGUGUGAUCUCCCUGCUGAACGAGCCCAACACCUUCUCCCCAGCCAAUGUAGAUGCCUCUGUCAUGUUCCGUAAGUGGAGGGACAGCAAGGGCAAGGACAAGGAGUAUGCUGAGAUCAUCAGAAAACAGGUUCUGGCCACGAAGGCGGAGGCAGAGAAGGAUGGAGUGAAGGUGCCCACCACGCUGGCUGAGUACUGCAUCCAGACCAAAGUGCCUUCCCACGACAGCAGCUCCGACCUGCUGUACGAUGACCUGUACGACGAUGACAUGGAGGAGGAGGAAGAGGAGGAGGAGGCUGAAGCAGGCGAGGCGGGCGAGGGCGAUUGCUAUGAUGAUGAAGAUUCCGGCAAUGAGGAGUCCUGACCUCACCAUCUUUCCUCGCCCGACAGAUACCCCUCCAUUCCCACCCUCUCCGAUCCUGUCACCCCCCCACCAACCCCCCACCGCACACACACGCCACAUGCAGUGAAACCUUUUCUGUCUCGGACCCCUGUCCUCCAUUUCCGCUGCAGCCCAGCCCCGAGAAACUCUGUCCGCUUGUCCUUACCUUCCUUUGUUCUGUCCAAGACUAAACGCACAGCGUCUUGGUCGCCUGUCUUUCCUUCCUCUGUGUGUCUGUACGGUGCUCACUUCUGACAGCACCUCCUGCUCCUGUUCCCCACCCCUCAGGAAUGCCUGUGCGUGUCUCUGUCACAAAGACUCCCAGAAUAAGAUGUUGUGACUGCAGCCCCAGCAGCACCCUGCUCAAGCCUGUCUAGCUUGCCUGUCUGCCUUUACACACACACACACACCCUCCCCCCCAACACAACCAAAAACCAAGAAGUCCUCUUGUGUGCUGAAAUGGAACUUUAAGAAAACAAGGCGACCUCAACCCUUGAUCAAAAACCCCCACAACUCCUCUUUCCUCUCCUCCCUCCCCCUCUGCCCUUUUCCUUCUGCUUUCCCCCCUCUUUGUUUCCACUCCUUGCGAAUAGACCCAGGGUUUUCUCUUACCACAUGGGGAGAGGUUUGGAUUUUAUUUGUGUUUCGUUUCUGUGAGACAGGAUUACUGUCUCUGGCCGCAGACCUCUGUCUUGUGCCAGGUGCUUCCCGAGACUCCCACCAUACCUCUGUUCUCAGUUUCCGAUGAGCCUGAACAGUCCUCACAACGAUCAGCCAGUGAUCGGGACAGAGAGAAAUCACCCCUUUAAAGUGUUAGUAUUUACCUUCUCUCAUGUUAUAGUACAGUAGCUGCUUUGGCUCUGCAUAUAUUAAAGGUCAGUGUUUCUGUUAAAGGGGGAGGUCUGAUGAUGAUUUUUGUUAUUAGUGUUACUGCAAGCACUUCUAAUAGUGGAUAGUUGUAUCAUUGUGCACUAUACACAUUUAGUGUGAACAACUAAUUUCAGAGUGGAGCCAAUAUCAUGAUCAUAACAAAAACACUGGAGGAAGGGGUUAGAAGCCGUUGAUCUAGACUGUCAGCAGUGAUACUUCAGUGAGACAGCUACUGAAAUAUUUGGAUUUUUUUACAGAUCAGACUCGUCAGAAGGGGUACUGGGAGGGGAUCGUUAAAGGUUUUAUAACUGGGACAAAUGAGGUUUCGUAAAAGUGCAGUAGAACGUCCCAGUAGCAGCUUGUAAUACAUCUGUAAAAUGUGUUCUUUUCCUUCAGAAGAGUGGAACAAAUGUUCUCAGUCAACUCUGCAGGAUUAGAAACAUGCUUGUUUUCAAAAUGCCUGCUAAUUUCAAAUGAAUGUUCCUCCGACUCUGCACUCAUCACUUGAGUGUGUGGAUAUUACUGUCACUGAUGAGACGAGCAAAGAACAUGAAGAUGCAGAGAGAUAACUCACCUCAUCGAUAUGCAAUGUGGAGGGAGACCUGGAAGGGUUCCAGUUGUACCUCGGCACAGGCCAGACGGUAGUGGGAGAGAGGGGGAGCUUACCUCAAAUCCCGACUGAGCACCGAACAGCCCUCCCCAGCAUUCCCAGCAUUCCCCUUCCUGCUGACACAGCCCUUAGCAGAUGGGGACCAUGCGGUCUCCCACAGUUCCCUGUGCAAGCUGUCUGCAGUUUUAGUCCAUACUGCCAAUGAGCCUCGUCAGUGAAAAUAUAAUUAUUACACCCGCAUGGACAAGCUCGUUGUAGCUAGAGCAGAGAGCUGGAAAGCAAGGGUGUGGAGUUGAGUUGAGUUUCAGACGGGUCAGCAGUCGUGUGUCCACUCGGAGGAGGGCUGCUAAGGACAGGGGCCGAGACCCGAGACCGAGGGUGCUGGUAGUGAGGUUAAAUAGUCUCUGAAAAGUCAAUUGAAUAAAUACAGGUGACUGAGGCUAGGUGGGUAAGGCAGUAGAGGAUAUGGAUAUAUAAAUCGGAGCGAACUUUGUCGCUUUUUUGGGACUGUCAAGUUGGAAUAUGCGUUUUUCAUAUUUCAUAUUUCCCUCCCUCAUUCAUUCCUCUUUUUAAAAAAAGAAACCCUCCUGGACCCCCUCCCCUCUUCCACGCCCUCCCUCUCGCCAGCCCCCCCCCCCUCCGCCCCUCCAUGUGAAAUGCCAGAUGGGCGAGAAAGGACAGUAAUCGGUUCAGGCUGGCGAGAGGGGGCGAACGAUCCGGAACGCGUGUGCAGGGCCCCUCGGCCUGCCCGUCCCUCACCGCGCCGCACAGACGCCUCGGACGCUCCCGCGGCGCUGAGCUGGGCUGGAAGCGGAACGGGACUUCUUCAGACUGCGGCUUACUCGGUGCCGUCAGCCCCGCAGGAGUCUGGCUGCGAGCUCCCGGGGCAAGAGGUUCCACUGCGGAGCCCAUUCGCCUGGCGGAGCGGUUGUAGUUCCGGAAGCCAUUGUGGGUUAGGACCGCGCCUGCAUGCGCCCAGACAGUGUCCUGAACCGCAGUGCUGUUGAUCUCCGUGCUCUCAACAGGGACUGGGAUGCGGUUUGCAGGUGUGCAGACGUCCCAGAACUUCCCACUGGGAAACCAUGACCGCAUGUCUGGGUUUAAUCACUGAAUUAAUGCGUUUGAUUUAUUUGGCUUUUUUUUUGGGGGGGGUUAAGAAUCAUCUGGUACAAAGCAGCAGCUGUCACAUCGUUCUGUCCAGCUCCGUAAAAUUUAAAAAUGGGAAAAAAAAACAACUUAUAAUUCUGAAAAAGAAAAACACAGACUUGGAGGGUGUAAAAAAUAGAGCUGCCCUGCUUCACCCUGGUUGUAAAAGAGAGAAAAGACGAAGACUGCUGAUUUACCUGCAAGGAUAAGGCAAAUUUGCUCACCACAGACGGACGCUGCUGUACUGGUUUGUGAAGGCAGGGCUGCACAGGCUGCUCAGCUGACAGAGGUGGGCAGGUACUUAUAUCAGCAUAGAGUCACUGCCAUCCAGCAGAGGAGUGGGCUGGGCAGACCGCUGCUGCUAACAGGAAAUGCAUAGGGGUAAAAACCUUUAAAGUCGAAGCAGCAGUAUCUUCUCCAGUCCUUUGCACUUACCCUUCACAGGAUUAUCACCGAAUUGUAAAACUUCAGCAGCUCCUUUUUCGACCAGCCUAACCUGAAGAUGAUAACUGGGGUUGAAAUACCCCAAACAACACUUUGCAUCUGCCCAGAGAGAAAGGUCUGGACAAAGACACAACUUCUGCAGUUUGAAAGUUGACUUUCUCCAAACGUUGGUUCAGUUUCAAGAAGAAAACAAAACAGAUGUUGUUAGAAGUUUUAAUUUGUGUUUUCUGCAGUGUGACAUGUCAUAAGAAAUAAGAGCAGUGGAAACCAGCCUGUUAGCCCAAUGAGGCUCUUUUAUUUUGGGAGGUUGCUUAUUGAAUCCUCAGAGUUAAGAGGUGAACUGAUUAAUCUUGUUUGAUUGAGCACAAUGCUUCUAAACCCGGCAGUGUGAUGGAUGUCAGAUUGCAAACAGGGCCUGCUGUCUACAUUUAAUACUUAACUGCAUUAAUUAAUUGCAUUUAUACAGUGCUUGUUAUCACCAAGGUCCCCAAAGUGUCUCGCAUAUAGGAAAGGAUCCACCUCAUCCACCCCUUAAAGAGCAGGGCCCACUUGGGCAUGAGGUGCCAGCAGCCUGAUUGCACAGCAGAUCACAUAGACAAGUGAGAAGCUGCUUCACCCGUUGAAUUAGAGUGGCAAAUGAUGGUGGAGCGAUUUCUAAAUUAGGGUUUGGUUACAAUCAACACAACUUUGCCACCCGUGGUGUGUCCUCAGUCCAAAGGAAAAUGAGUAUUGGAUUGUUCAGAUCCCUUAUUUGACUUGGUUAAAACUACUAGAGUGCUGAAAGAGACUGAAGUUUCAUAGCAUGUGUCCAUACUCUGUGCCCAUGCAGCAUUUGUGGUGUUAUCAGUGUGUCAGCAACUGGAGUAACGCUGCUCCACUGACACUGGGUUUUUUUUUAGAGUUAUUUAAAAGGCUUUGGCAAGAUAAAAGUUGAAAGAAAGAAAACAAACUGCUUGGUGUUCUUUAUUGCUCAUUCUCUUUGAUGCACACUUAAGAAAAUAUUUAUUUUUACUGCAUUGUAUUGCAACCAUAUGUUUUGACACAAAAUCAGUGUUAAAUUGCAGUGAUUUCAAAGGGGGCGGAAUUAAUCGCCUAGUAAAGAAGUGCUGUUGAAUUAAUCAAAACUGAAUGUCGGAUCCAGUGUUGCCCACUUAGUGAAUAAGGACACUCUUUGGCCCCAGUGAUCCUAAAACACUGUAAAACAAAAGGGCAAAUUCAGCUAAAUCACCCUAAAGUCACAAAUGCAAUAAUCAUCACACAGAGCCCUGCUGAUGUCGGUUUGAGUGCUGCCUCAAACAGUGUUGUGCACCUGGAGAGACUUUCUGCCGGGGUAUUUUGUGUUUGGUGGGCAUUGUGCAGAAAAGAAGACCAGAUAACGGGCUGUGUGUUAUAGGCACUAUUUUCAGUGUCUCCCAGGUAACCCCUGAUCAUUAGGCAGGGGUGUGUGCCAGACUGAUGGAUGGAAGCAGUCUGAUAAUGGGAGAGCCCCGACCACUGAUGCUGCACAGUGCUGGGUUAGCUGUCGGUUUUCGGGACAAGUGCACAAGCUUUGUGCCUUACUGUGGGAGCCCUCUUGACUACAGAGACACUGACGUCUACCUUUCACAGGUGAACAGUGAGUGUUGCACUUUUGAAGGCGAUUUCAAAGCUAACUGCACCUUUCGAUACUGAACGCCUUACUUAAAGGAGUGAGGCCACAGCACCAGCAAACUGUUCUCUAACCCUGUUAAGGUUUGAUUUGGGUAAGGAUUUGUUUCACAUUAAAACCCCGAAGAGGGUGUGACACACGCUGUAGGAGUGUGGUGAGUUGCAGUGUUCUGUGCCCCACUGAGAUGUUGGCAUUCAAGACCACCUUGUGUUUGGAGAAUGGUAGUUGCAUCCAUGUUUUUUUUUUUACAUUUCAUUUUCAAUCUUUUAAUCCUGAUCAAGGAAAGUUCUUGGCAUUAUCAAAAAGACACCGUACUUUCUCAAAUUUGUUUAUUGCAGAUCAGGUGGUUAUCUCUAAAUCAGCCACUAGAAAGGUGUUCAGUUGCUCCAUACUAGACCAGUUUUUUGCACUCAGUAGGAGCUUAGGUGGAAAUUAAAACCAAUAGACCCAGAUUCUGUUGUGCUCAGGAGUUGGGCACCCUUGCAGAACAACUGGUACAUCAGCAUAGCCAGUAUUAUACAGGCAUAUUAAUGGGCAGAAGAUUUCAGGCUAGGAAUUAAAAACUGCUUUAAAUUCAGGCUUGUUCCAUGUUGCGCUGUGCUGCAGAUCUAAAUUAUUGCUUACUCUAGAAGGCUGAUUAUGGUAGUCUGCACCAGUUUCAUUCAGCAGAAUACAGAUUUCCUUCGUACACAAAGUGCAUGUAGCAAAGCAGUUAUUCAGAGAUGAGGAAGAGGAUCUGCACAGUUCAAAAGCUCCUGCCUUUCCCCCCCUAGCAGGGUGUUCUCAUCAAGUUGGGCUCAGAACAGCACUCCCUCACUGCACAGGCUCUUAGUCAGCAAGGCUUUACAAGUAAAUACUGAAGAGAAAUGUUUGGUUUUUAUUUAGCACUUUACAAAGAUCGAGACUCUUAAUGUGAACUGCCUAGAAAACGAAAUCAUACAGCUGAAAGAAAGUACUGAAAUACCAUCUGGUUGGGAUGCAGUUAUGUUACAUAGUGCAUCGCGUUUCACCGGGUGAGUACAGAAGGUUGAAAUGUAUAUCACAGGGGCGUAAGACCUGAAGAAAUGAAGAGUACUGCACUGUGUAGAUUGCAAGAAAUGAUUCAUCUGAAUUGAUGACGAGGGGGUUCUGCAGUCCUGAGGGGAGCAGGGUUUUAAUAGGGCUGCAGCGUCACAUCUGGGCACCUCUGGCUCAGCCCUGGCAGGAUUAAGAGCCUCAGAUGGGGCAGGGAUGUUGCAACACUGUGUGUUGUGGGGGGAAGUGUCAGGUCUUGAUUUUGUCACCACCUCUGUGCCGCACUUGUGUGUUCAUAUUUCAGACUUGUGAGCCACUGCAUUUGUGUGUCAUAACCACAUGUUUUGAGGUAAUCAGAGAGUAGAGUGACCUCUUUUUUUAUCAAGCUUUCUGCUUAACUCGGUUCAGAUGAUCUACUUCAGCCACUGUGUCUUUGACAUGAAUGAAAAACCCCGAAGGCACUCGAGUGUCUUCUUGACCUGUGGCCCAGUCCAAUCACAGUCCUGGCACACGUAGUUCCAGUUGACAGGAGGUUGCUGGGCUCAACCCUAGAGAUGCUCCACUACAGUAUUCCAGGCACCACAUGAUGAAUGCACAGUAAUCCUUAAUGCUGAAAGUGCCAGCUGUCAGUUCCCCACUGGGCUUGGUGAGGACUUGCAUCCCCAGAGCCCAUUCCUCACCCUCUAUGCAGUGAUGGCACAGCAUUCACUGAGUCAGUGCUGCAUGACUGACUCAGUCUUAAAACUCAGACUCCCAUUCCCCUUCUUAAUCUUCACCAUCUUUUCCAAAUCAUCUCAUGGUGUGAGGAAGCUAAUUCAUUGAAAUCGGUUUGUCAGGGAAGGAAAAAAGGUUUUAGCAGAAGUUAACAUGGGCGUCUGAACUUCUGAAUAAUUAAACAAUAUGCCUACUGAAAACACUGCAUUUAAAGUGUUCUUAAUGUGUCUUGAUCUGAAAUUCACAAGUUUUGUCUUUUUUUUUUUCCCCUGGUUGGUAUAGUUUCUUUUGCAUUACCCCUUUUUCUGUAGGACCCAAAUUCCCAGCCCCCUUCUUUCUCCAUGUAGGUUUUAUUUUGGUCUCUCUGCAUCUAUUUACUGAUUAAUAACAAAUGUGAAAUAAAGGAUGCUGUAUUGUUACCAGC